GCCGUUCACAUUACCCUUCGCUCUUUUGCACUAUCUCUGCUGCUUUUCGUUUCGUCCUCACCAACUCCAAGCCACACGACACGAACCCUCUGCCCCUUGACUUCCCCCCCCUCCAAAUAUCAUGGCUCUGGCAUCCAGAGGGCAGCUGUGGUCGGAGCUGGGCAUAACGCCCACCACACUCAUCUCGCUCGUCUCGCCGCUUCUCUCCAUCCCCUGCUGCCUGCUCCUCCGCGCCACCCCCUCCACCUCCGCGCGCCAUGUCCUCGGCGCGCUUAGCGGGCUGCUGCUUGCGCUCUCCGCCUUCGGUCCCACCAUCUGGGUGCACUACGCUGUGCUCCUCGCCUUCGCCUAUAGCGCAAUGUGCUUGUAUCGAAGACGAUGCGGGAUAAUUACUCUGCUCGGCACUUUCGCGUACCUCAUCGUAUGCCACGUGGCGUACGACAGCGGCUCGGCGCGCAGGGAUCAGGGCAUCGACUUCGCGGGCACGCUGAUGAUGGUGACGCUCAAGCUGACGUCAUGCGCCUUCGACUACCAGGACGGCCAAUACCUCUCCGACCCCGCUGCCGCCGCCGCCGCCGCGAACUCCGCCGCCGCUAACAGACGGCCCAUCCGCGGUGCGGAUCGGCACCUGCGAGACCUCCCCUCGCCGCUUGAGUUCGUGGGUUACAUGUUCUGCGGUGGGUUGCAUCUUACAGGACCGUACUUCGAGAUGAAACCGUACCUCGAGUGGGCGAGGCACGAGGGUGUGUGGUCGCGAUCCGCGCGGAAGACGCCGUUUUUGGUGCCGCUUCUGACGGCGCUGGCGUGGGCCGUGCCGUCGGGGCUGCUCCACCUGAUGCUCAAACCGCGUAUGAACGUGGCGCUCAUUUCAGACCCCGCACAGGUCUGGAGCGUCCCGUACGUGGCUCGAUGGGGGUACGCGAUCCUGGCGACGUACGCCGUACGCACGAAGAUCUACUACGUGUGGAUGGUGGCGGAGGGCAGCAUGGUGGCCAGCGGACUGGGGUUCAACGGAUGGGUGACGCAAGGCGGAACCAGCGCUGCACGAUGCAGUAGCAGACAGGCGCGCGGAGAGAAACUUGCGGGGGCAAGGGGAAGGCGCGGGGGACAGCCGGGACAGGAGGAUAGCGAGCCGUUGAGGACGGUCUUGGGGGAGAGGAGUUUGAACGCUGGUGGUGCAGAUGUACCUGCAUUGCCGAAAGUGGUUGCAGACGCUGCGAUGCUAGCGGAUAGUGACGAGGACGAGAACAGCGCGCCUGCGAGCAGGACGACUCUGAGAAAGACGAGCAGCAAGGCGAGGCCCAGAGUCACUGUGGCAGCAGCAGUGCCGCAGCUGGAGCAGAUCGACUCGGACGAGGAGCGGGAGAGGGAGGGGAGGGGUGGAGAGGAGUGCGAGGCGGAGGUGAUGGAGGCGAGUUGGAAGCGGGCGCGCAACAUCGACAUCGUGGGCGUGGAGGCGGUGACGGGCAUGCACGGCUUCGCCAAGAACUGGAACGUGCGCACCGGCGAAUGGCUCCGCACCUACAUCUACGAGCGCGUGACGCCGGAGGGCCAGAAGCCAGGCGUGCUGCCCCUUGUUCUCACCGUGUGCACCAGCGCCGUCUGGCAUGGCGUGUACGUGGGCGACUUCCUGUUCGCCCUGAACAUGGCGUGGCUCAUCCUGGGCUCGCGCAUCAUCUACCGCUACCACCGCACCAUCCCCGCCUCCUCGCGCCUGCUCUCACUCACCGUCUCCGCCCUGCACUCCCUCUACUCCUUCCUGGGCGCCAACUACUCGGCCCAGGGCUUCAUCCUCCUCUCCGCCUCCCAAACACUUGUAGCAUACCAGGGUCUUGGCUGGUUUGGCACUCUCGUGCCUCUUAUUCCCGUGGCAUUGUCACAACUAGGGAGACUGAGGGGAAGCAGAGGGGGGACAGAUGUGAACACAAGACAUUCCAAAGUGGCAUGACGCGUGAGAUAUGGAGCUCGGAUGUGUAUCAUCCUUGGUAGGGGUGAGCUCAUGUGGCUUGAAGGGCAUGGUCAAGUGGUGCAUGAACAACUCUGUAGGAGCUUGCCGUGCAAUCCACAUGAGCUUAUCAAGUUAGACGGCUUAGACAUGUUUCAUAGCAAACACUCAUGAUGUCUAUGAUAAUUAAUAUACAUAAUCUAGCACUCCAUUAUUGCCCUUGUAAAUCAAAAGUAGUAUUGAUG